AUGGUCAGCACCUUUAUCUUCAAGACCGCCGCUUUAGCAGCGACAUUACUUGCAUCUGCCAACGCGAGACUGGAAAAGAAACACCCGCACGGUUCCACCGCCGAAAUGUUUCUUUUCGGUGCCCAAGUAAAGUCAUUCCAUGCUGCAAUGGACCCGAAACUUGACAUUCUGUUCAUGUCCAACGAGUCAUUUAUGGAUGGUGUACAGCCCAUUCGUGGUGGUAUUCCUGUCGUGUUUCCAAACUUUGGCGCUGCCGAGGGCUCUCCUAGCCACGGAUUUGCGCGUAUUACCAACUGGACAUUGACUAGCCAUGUGAAGGAUGCUAACAAAAAAAGCCCUAGCGUGGCCACAUUCACCAUGGCGUCGAGUAGUUCGACGCGCGCAAUGUGGCCGGUUGACUUUAAGCUUGAGCACGAGGUGAAGCUGUAUGCCAACCAGCUGGAAACGGCUCUUCAUGUGCAUAAUAAGUUUACAAAGCCGAUCGAGUUCCAUGCAUUGCUGCACAACUACUUUUGGGUGGACGACGUGACCAACAAGGGUGUUCAAAUAAGCGGUCUCAAGGACGUCAAGUACUUUGAUAAGGUGGACAAGACAAACAAGACGGAACACCGCGCACACAUUGAUUUUUCCGCGCAGACUGACAAUGUGUGCAUGGACGCUCCCGAUGUGGUGACUGCCAUCUAA